UUUGACGGUCGAAUUCCCCAGAAUUUUACCGGCGACACAUUCGAAACCGUGAAAAGUCCUUUCAAUCCCAAAUAUGUUCUAGGGCAGAACCAGACAUGGAAGGAAGUGAUAUCGUUUCCCAACGUGGAGCCAUCGAUGUUUGAUCGAGUAGCUGGAACAAAACCCAUCGAGGUUGAGAUAACUGACCGGUCCAUCUUCGCAUCGUCCUCCGAAGGCCGUGAGACCGCACUCCGUCGAGCUGAGCUACUCGUUAAUGGAAAAAACCAGACUGUCUCUGGUAAGGUCACCUGGCUUUUCUCAAUGCGAACUUCACCAUAUGCUCUUAAUCUCUCACAUGAAUAUCUUCUUGCAUUCCAUGAAGCCCAGGACUUCCAGGCAGAUUUCUGGUCCCUCAAGGUCGGAUUACCCAUGCAGGAAACUCUUCGCGGACCAAAUGGAGCAGAGUCGAUGUUGAAGACCGGCAGCGUCAUCUAUCUUCAAGGCUGGAAAUGGGCCAAGAAAGUCCAAACAUACUUCAUGGCGCCCUUCACCUCAGACAUCUGGCACAACUUUGGGCUGUACCUUGACUUUGACGACAACCAGAUGCAAGUUGCUUAUUCAACCGGAAAAGAUGGGUUGAAGAUUGUGACACCCUUGUUGGCUAACAACAUAUCUGGAAAGGCUCCUACUACUCUGGGUGAGACACACUGGGGCUUGCAGAAGAGGCCGGUUGGUGCGAAUAUCAACAACUUCCUUUUCGAGGGCUUGCAGCCCCACGGUAUUCGGGAAAGACUGGUCAUUGGGGGGAUUUUG